CAACCACAUAGCUCUGUCAAAUACGGACAGCUCAAGCCAUUGCCUCGUUGGCUAGUAGCUAUUUCGAGAUCCACCUACGCACGCACCUAAUAAUCCAGUACAAAUAUAGCAAGGGCGGCCGUAGGGGAACAAAGCUGAUUCGUGUCUCAACGCCAUACGUACCCUGAAUAAGCAACGAAAGUAACGAGAUGGACCAGAGCCCGACACUCGGAUGAUGAGGCGAGCGGAAGCAUUUGACGCGACAUUCAACGCGGGACGCGCCUGCUUGAGGCGUCAUCGCCAUGGCACUUCUUAAUCCAACCUUCAUAUUCGGCGUCUUCGUCGUCGCCUACCUCUCGUCCUUUGUCCUCUUCGCAGUCCUUCGGAUCAUUACCGGUGUAUCCAUACAGCGUAUAGGUCUUUCUUCCCUGCGGCGAUUAGCUUAUACGCCUAAAGAUGGUAUCAAGAUCGAGAUCCGAGGUCUUGGACUUAAUCUCCAUCGCCCAACAUUUUCCCAGCCCACGUGGCUUAGUAUAGUUGUUAGCGAGCUCGCCGUAACUCUAGAUAUCAAGGUACUCGAGGGCCAGAAGAAAUCCGGGGCCGAUUCGAGCGAGAGCGAAAGCGAAGAUGAGAACAGCCGACGAUCGCAGUCUACGGGGACUCUACCCAAAGGCAAAGCCCCCAAGCGGGUUAAAUUUGAAGCGGCUCGUAGCGCUACUUGGAAACAACUCAUGACAAUCAAGGAGAAGAUAAAGAAGCUGCACCGAAAUGUUCGUUGGAUUCGCAUGGUCGAUCUUGUGGCUACCGAUUCAACACUCAACAUCGUGGAUGCUGGAAAAGUGCAAUUCGGUAGCUUCACGAUCGCUCUAGACACCAGGAAUCGCAUGGUCGAUCGCGCACGUUUCUUCUUCCAAACCAGAUCCGAUAAGCAGCGCCAACAACACUCCGCCGAAUGGAUCGUUACCCUACGAAGCGUCUUGUUCACAGAUAAGGGCGGUGCUGAAGCCAUUGAGGUCUUGGAUAGUGCUACGUUGAAUAUACAUGGAUUUCUCUACGAUCAACUUGAUGGGCUUCGGGAUGCAGCCAUCGCCUUGAAGCUCGGCAGAGUGCACGUCCCCUACGACGAUGUUCGGAGUUGUAUCGACCGAUUUCAGAAAUCUAGGCGUCAAUAUCCACCUACGUAUAAGAAUGUUGAGUCCAUUGAGGUAUCGGUUGAUAAGGUCAUCCAAGAAAUUGAGACGCCCGGCAGUACAGAUCAGGAGUUGAUGCAAACGGUAUCCGAUUCCAAGGAGUUCGUGAGCUCUAUUCUUCGAGGGGUCAAGGAGGUGCAGUUUGCAGUGAGCUUCGUCAGUCUCACAAAGAAGCUUGAUGCUGUGAAGUCGGCCGGUUCUCCCUUACUCUUGAACGCUUCGAUGAAGGAGGUUGGUAUCGAUCUACACCGUUUAGAUCCUAAAUCGCCAGCGCAUCGUAUGUAUUUCCCCUCGAAGGAUAUCGCACACGAGGCUUUGGCCGCUGCACUCUCAAUCUCUAUUGGACUCGACGACGGCAACGGCAAUCCAGAAAGGGUAGUAUACAUCCCCAUGGCCACCACGACCGUGAAGACCACACUGCCUUCAAAAACUGUGGAACUCUCAGACGUUGGAAGCGCCGAAGAAAGAAAUGCGAAUAUCCUCUUCGCCAACUCCGUCGUCACUUCGCCUUCCGUUGAUCUCCAUCCGAAGCAUCUCCCAGUAUUGCUCGCUCUCCUUCGGCCUCAACCAAAGGCACCGAAAGCUCGCGUGCAGCAGAGACAUAGGCUGAUCUCUCGCCUACUACCGAAGGCUAAUAUCAAGUUCUCCAUGCAUGAACCAGUCAUAAGAAUAGCUCUACCUCCAGUUCAAAAGACCAAUGAACCGGAUGACUUCGACUUGAUCAUCUCAUCUAUCUCCUCUAUCUCGCUUGAUCUCGAGUCUUUCCAUUCUGCAGUUGAAGAUUUACAUUACUCUUUGGUCUCAUCUGUGCGGCUCCAAACUCACCAUCUUUACUACCAGACCGCUCAAGGCCUUCGCUUUGAUCUGAUGGAAACGGAGUCAUUUGAUCUCAAGAUCCAAGUCUCGGCAACUCCUGACGUCCAUGUUAUUGCCAAUGGCAAUCUCCAGACCUUCGCGGUCCGCAUGACCCGUCCGGAGAUCACGAAAGGUUUACGUCAAAUAGUCCGUCAACUUAAGUUGGAUGUCGAGCCCGAUAAGCGGACAGGAUCAAAGACACAGAAAUCGAAAAAGAAUGUGGUUCGGGCCCUGCCACAGUGGCUACUUCAUUUCAACGUGCAGAUCGAAGAUUUCAGCGCUGAAAUUACUGGUGUCGACGAUGAUUUCCCUGGGCAUACUAGGGGCGUUGUGCUACAGAUGGAUUCCUGGUCAGCCGAGUAUCGAGCUCAACGAUUAGAUGCACUUCGACAGCGCCCAACUUCUAGAAGAAGAACAGCCAGUCGAUCUUUUAUGCCUGACGCGGAGUUCUUGAAAUCCAUUUCUACGCCACCGUCCCCAAAGAAAAAGCAACAGAGCGGCGGCGAUGGACGAAAGCUUACUGUUCAUACGCGGGGUCUAGAGGCUUUCAUAGUAGAAGGGCCUGAGAAAUGGGAAGUUGAGCCCUUCGUUCAAAUACCUCGCUUCGAGAUAGCACUCUCGACGCAUAGUGAUGGCCAGGGCCCCAUACUACAUGUUCAUUCGCACAUCAGAACUCUCCUAGUCCGCUAUUCGCUGUUUCGACAUUAUUCCGUGGGCGUCGCUAUUAUGGUCUUGCGUAAGGCGUUUAUCAGGGGGCCAGUAUCGCAGCGUCCAGCACCGCCAACAAGUCCGAAAACCCCUAAGGCUGGAUUUCUAAGCCCCCCGGUCGUGUCACCAGACUCGCCUAUCACUGGCCAAAUGGAUGAUUUCCCUCGACAUCGUAAGGAACUCGUUACAUUUGACAUCAAAGCUGCAUUGAUUCAGGUUAAGGCCGAAAUGCCUUCCGAUCCCCCCUUGAUGCUACAAGUCUACGACAUGGGAGCUGGUCGCCACAGGUGGUCGCCACCAUUCUUCUUCUCAAAACUAGUGCGGUUGUAUGCUGGUGCACCUAGAAUGCGUGGUGUUUGGGCGCGCGUUGCGAGUAUCAAGACGGUCCGUUUAGACUAUCGCCAGUCGCGGAGAAAAAUGUCAACGGGUGGUUUUUAUGAUGAUAAAAUGUUUGAUAUUGUCACCGAUGCUAUGCGAUUAGCCGUACCUCAUGAGCUCAUCAUCAAUAUGAUAUCUGACAAUAUUAUUAACGUGAUCAAAGCUAGCCAACAGCUUCAUCAUCGCUUCAGGACCGGUACGAACGAAUAUAUCUUGGACAAGGCACCGGAAGGCCCAAAGAAUGUUCCGAAGGUCUCACUAAGAACUCGCACGCUUCUGUUUGAACUUGAAGACGGUGCUUUCGAGUGGAAAUUGGGAAUAAUCUACCGAGCUGGCCGUGUCGAGCAGCUUCAACGACUUGCUCGAGAGGAGGCAUACCAAGUAAAAGUCAAAAAGAUCCACGAGGAGGAAAUGAGGAAAGAGUCAAGUCGGAUUCGCAAUCGAUCGGUGAUGACGAGAGGAAGAACGACUACCUCGAAUGCCGCCUGGGGCCGUAGCAAAAGUGAAGAUGGUCUCUCAAAAUUCGGUCGUGCUGAGCGUUCUAGUAGCGAAGCUCCCACGAGUAGGAACCCCCGUUAUGACCCAGAAACGAUCCGCGGCAUGAGUGGAAGAGCCCAUGUGUCAGUCCAGGAGGCUAGAUUCAAACUUCAUGAGCAUAAUGCCCAAAGCUGGAAGAAGCGCAUCGACCGCAACUAUCUCAUGGCAAAGAAUGGGAUGAAGGAGCUUCGUGGCCUCUUUUGGGGGCCAGAUCAGAUUCCCGACGAUUUCGAAGACAACGAGAAAAUACUUGAGGUGCCGCAGCGACCGGCGCUAAUGGGGACAGUCAUAACAGACUUGCACGUAGUGAUUGACAAGCCUUCAUUCCCAAUUCAUAAGCUACCGGAUUUUCUCCAUAGCGUCGGAAAAGGGAUGCCGAAGGACAUGAAGUACUCUCUUCUCGUUCCCAUGAACGUUCAGAUUAGUAUGGGUGAAGUGCGAGUUAGUCUUCGAGAUUACCCCCUACCCCUACUCCAUGUUCCCGCCAUAAAAUCUGGUCAGUCGUCAAAACUUGCAGCUCUAUCUCUCAAAACGGAUUUUGUCAUUGCGGAAGAAUUCCGUGGCUAUGAAUCAUCCCGAAAGAUUCAAGUCCAGAUUACUCCACCAAGUAGUCUAGAGCCAGGAAUGCCAAAUGGAAGUUUUGCCAUCGAUGUUCGCCGCACCAUCGGUCCAGUCAAGUCUUAUUCAGACAUGAAUAUAGACAUAAAUACGGCACAUCCUACCCGAAUCACCUGGGGUCCUUCUUACCAGCCAGCUAUCCAAGACAUGAUGAUGGUCAUUGAGUCAUUCACGAAACCGCAGCUAGAUCCUUCGGAGCGUGUGGGGUUCUGGGACAAGAUUAGACUCAACUUCCAUUCUCGACUUCGGGCCGCAUGGAAAGGAGACGGCGACGUGCAUCUUGCUCUCAAGGGCACGAGAGAUCCCUACAAUGUCACUGGAAACGGUGCUGGGUUCUUGAUGUGUUGGCGGAACAAUGUCAGGUGGGACGUCCACACCGACGACGACCCCAAAAAGUUCAUGGUCGUCGACAGCGGUGAGUAUGUCCUCGCUAUACCGGAUUACAGUCAUCAGGCCAGAGAAGAAUCGCGUCGUGUCGGAGAGGAAGAUAGUGUUAAAAGUGAAAACAGCUUCAAGUCUGGCGCGUCGUUCAAGAAGGUUGUCAUGAAAGUCUCAGGUAACGUCCAGUGGAUGGCUGGUCUAGUUUUCGAACAGGCUAUCGAAGACGGGAAGCGGAAUUUCGACUUCAAGCCGCAUUACGAAGUUGUCUUGAAAGCACCCCAGCACGCUAAACCGGAGGGGUCGCUCCCCUACGAUGCCUUCCGUGGCUUUAGAAGCGAGCACAUCCAUCUUUCUCUUGCUAUAAGAGCACCGGUCGAUCGUAAUUGGACGUCAUCAGAAGUCCAACCGUCGAAGAGUUACAACACUGUGCACUUGACUCCGCGAUUCUUCACUCACUUCUUUGCCUGGUGGUCCUUAUUCAGUGGACCGAUGUCACUUCCCGUCCGACAGGGAUCACUUUGGCCUGGACGGGAGAAGAAUAGUAAAAAGUUCGGAAGGCAUCUAGGAACAAUCAAAUACAACCUUCUCUUGGCCCCCUUGUUCCUCAGUCAUAUUUACAAGCAUAAGGACGUCGAAGACAAUUCUGAGAAUUCUGUCUCAGCCACAGGCAUUAAAGUUAGAUUCGAUAGCUUCAUGCUCGAUAUUCACCAACGCCGAGAGGAAUUCAACACCCGGGAUAGAGGUCAUAAGACAAAUGGUCGGACAACUGGCAUGAAGAUCCACGCAGCCCAGCUCGAUCUUGUAUCUGCAGAUGUUCGUGCUAUAUCUGCUAGUAUGAGAGGCACGACUACUGAGGCAAUCAAGAAGAAUUCGGUUGCGACCUUGAUGACACAGCAAGAAAACGACAGUACGAAUCUUUCACACUUCACCAUUCCCGACGAUGAUUACAGCUGGAUCGAUAUGGAUGACUUCGUGGAGCUUGACUGGAUCCUUCCUUCAGAACCAAACCCGGAUACGAGGAUACUGCCGCUUGCAUAUGCUCCGCGCGUCACCUACUUCAGACAAACUGACAUUGGCGGCACGAUAGAUGGAGAUCCGGACCGCACUAGUCCUUUUGGGCAAGAACCAACUCAUUUUUGUAUAAUGAGCCAGGACGAUGACCCGAGGAGGGUCCAAUAUCAUCUUAUUCAGAAGCGUCUAGAGCAACUACAAACUCAGAUUGCCACCAACGCACGCAAUAUUGGCGACGCCGAACUGCGCAUGGUCCGAGACAAUGGCAAUAACCCCGAUACCAAAGCUGAAUUUGAGUUGUUAAGCAAGCAUGCUACCACGUUGAAAGAAAAGCUAUCGUUUAUGAAGAAUAUGCUGGAGCAAGUAGCUAUCAAAACGUCGACAAAUGACCAGAAUGGUUCAGACGGGUCCGAGUCUACAAGCCAUGAGUCCAGAGAGUGGAUUGACACGGGCGAUGGAAAAGUCAAAGUGCCAUCAGGGACAGAAUUUGCUAGCGAUUUCAAAAACAGGUUCGUCAUCCACAACAUCCAGUUGAAGUGGAACAACCUGUUGCGAAACAUCAUUCUGCGAUAUAGCCAUCAAGUCAGCCAGCGGCGUGGUUUCGUCUACUAUCUAUCUAGGCCUGCUGUCAAAUUCAUCCUAGAUAUCGUCGAAGAACAGGCAAGGGCUAAGCAAAAUAGCAAAUCUGCUAAUAAAUCGAACGAUGACACGCAACAAUCGUCGGCUGCUAGUAGCACUGCGCAAACUAGCGACACAGAUCCAGACAUCGAGUAUCGUAUCAAUCAAAUCCUAAGAGAUGGCAGGAAAUACGUCAACGCCGAUGGGCAUGCCGGUUCCGAAGGGCCUGCCAGCGCCCACAUGGAAGAUAUCACAAGUGGCAUUGCAGAAGAUUUUGCGCCUCAGAAUUCGUACCACGUCCGACUAAUCGCACCUCAAAUCCAAUUGCAGAGUGAAAAGAACAAGAAGCACGUCGUACUCAUUACCGGAAAGGGAAUGGAGCUCAAAGUGGUUGAGGUCAUGGAGAAAGCCAGGCUAUUCGACCAAGUCAGCGGGUUAGUCCAACGACGUUUCUUGCUUCAGAUGGACAGCGCGCAGUUCUUCGUGACCCAUCAGAAAUGGUUCUCCGGUCAGCUACUGUCCAUGUAUUCGGGAAACACAUACGGGACGCCUUCCGGCUCGUCGUGGCCGCCUUGGGUACCCAUGGAAGUCAUGUACGAUUUCAAAUCAGAUCCAUUCGGCUUCAAACGAGUCGUACAGAAAACAUCGGCUAUGCUUAGAUAUGACAAAUUCAACACUCUCCGUUUGAAGUACAACGACGAGGUCAACACCGAGGCCAACCCCCUCACUGUAGAGAGCACAGAGAGUAGGAUGGAUAACCUUUGGGUGGAGUUUCCUCAGCUGAGGGCCCUUUGCAAUUCUUCGCAGUAUUACGCCGUGUACGUCAUCGUUCUUGAUCUUCUUAUGUACAGCGAGCCUCUAGAGAAGACGAGAAGCGAAAGGCUAGAGAAGAUCAUAUUGGCGUCGGACUUCAGCGACCUUCGAGGAACUCCGGAGAUGGUCACAAGAUUGCAAGAACGUAUUCGGCAACUAGAAGACAUCAAGGCCCAUUUCCAGAUCCAUUCUAAGUAUCUUGACAGAAAAGGAUGGGAAGAUAGGUUACUGCUUGAGCGUGACAUCGCUGCCUGCGAAGACGAGUUGUUUUUUAUGAUGAAGGCGAUCACUACUUCGCAGCGAAAGUCCAACAACGCGUCGCAGAGUAACGCUUUGUUGAGAUGGACCAUUGCAGCGAAAGAGAUUGUUUGGCACCUUAUCAGGGAUAACAACGAACCGCUCGUCGAACUGCAGCUCAGGGAUGUGGAGUACGACCGAACAGACAACUCUGAUGGAUCUCAUAUCAACCUAAUGCAAGUUGGCAAAGUGCUAGGAUUAAACCUCAUGCCAGAUGCGAUUUAUCCUGAAAUGGUUGCACCCUACUUCGAGGACGAAAAAGCCGCCUCCGCUAGUUUGGAAGGCAACCAGAUGAUUCGGGUCUAUUGGCGCAUGCUGGAAGCCAUCGCGGGUAUACCAGUAAUGGACCACUUCGAAGUCAACCUGUUCCCAAUGAGGAUACAGCUAGAGCGCGAAGUAGGGAAGAAGCUCUUCGAAUAUAUAUUCCCGGGGCUGGAUGAAGAUAAGACCGGUGAACGAACCGAUUCGCCAUCUGCCCCGAAGUCAACAUUCCCCGGCGAACCAGAGGAAGAAGAUCCGCAAGAUGACUCCGUAUCUAGUUCUAGUAGAGUUGGGACUGCAGCCUCUGACAAAGAGCCUACGUUUUCCACGCGGCCUGGAUCUUUGGAGCUUCGUCUUCGCCCUACCUUGACCUUCGAUUCUCGCCCUAAUGAAGACAGCAGCCAGAAGUCAAAAGCCCCUAGUGUGUACUCAGGCGACGGAGGCAGCGUCUUCCGACUCUUUGGUUCCAAGACGGCAAACAAAAAGCCAUCGUACGAGUCCCUGAGGUCUGCCAAUGCCACCCAACAAAAACCGGGCAUCGGUCGGUCCGCGACGGUGGCGAUUGGCGGCGAAAAUAAGAAGGGUGGACGAUUUGGUCUCUCCCGGAAAAAUGCUAACUCUGAUGAGAAGCCUUCAGAUGACUUGACAAAGAUGGUCGCACGUGCUUCAAAUUACAUGACCUUCGCAUACAUCAAGCUACCAUCAGUUGUCCUCUGCCUCAGCUACAAGGGUAAAAGCGAUCGGAAUAUCGAGGAUGUACACGACUUCGUCUUCAAACUACCGACAAUCGAAUAUCGCAAUAAAACCUGGUCCAAUCUUGACUUGGCUCUAGCAUUUAAAGGUCGCGUGGUAAAGGCGCUCAUCUCUCACACAGGUUCUAUUAUUAGCAAUAAGUUCAAGCAUCGGCCCAAUACUGCACAGCAAGGCAAGCUUCGCGAACUAGCUACGAGCAGCGUUCUCCUUGCCACGCCAUCCACAUCCAAUAACGGCGACAAUAGUGAUGAUUCGUCGAGCUUAUACGGGACGAGCCCGGUCGAUUACUCGCGGUCGCCGCCGAGAAGCAUAAGAAGCGCGCAUUCCAACAUUCCAGCACCUCAGCGAUCAAAUAGCCGAAGCUCUAGUGUCGCUUCGACUCGCUCAUACACUCGCAAAUCCUCUAACGGCGGAGAAAGUAGUACCACCAGAGCAGCACCGCCUUUGCCAUCCUUCGUCAAGAUGACGACACCGCCAACUCCCAUAGAUCGCGCUCCUACCGGUCUAGGAAUCGAUAUGCCUCGACCCAAAACUAGUGCCAGCAUGCAUACAGCGACACCGAUGAGCCCGAUGAGAACAGGAAACAUAUCUACAGUUACUACCGGUUUUGUCCAAAAGAGAGAGAGGCGGAAGUCAGCCGGCCCCGGCUUCCUUAAGGGCAGGCUCAAUGCCUUAACAAGUCGGCUAGGUAAUCGAGACAACAGCGACAGCAAGAGCGUCAACGACGAUAGCAAGAGUGUCAACUGCGGCGGUGACAAUGAUGAGUACGAAUACGAGGACGAGGAAGGUAUGUAGAUGGAUUCGAACAUUAGGCCGAUCGACAUAAUCGAAUACUACCUAAUUGAUAAUACUCCCCGGAGACGGGAAGGCGCACGUGCGUCUGUGUAUAAAUCGCAAAGGUUCUUUUGGAGAGGAGGGUGUAUUGUAGAAAUAGUUGGAUUCCAGAACCACAAGGUACUCAGCACUUGGGUAACCGACGUCGGUCACGGUCGCUAAACUUCUUGUUACUUUGUCACGAGUACUAUAGUUUCAUUUCCGGAGUUUCGGAGGGGAGGGAGGCUACGUUUGGCGAAGAGCCGGUAACCUUUUACGGUUACGUACAGAUAGACCUUGGAAUUCCCUUUACUGGCGCAUAAACUUGUGUGGUAUAUAAAAAAUAUCGCCCUCGCGUAACAUUAUUCGGCGAGGGUGCCCUGAAGAAGCGGUUUAAAGAAGCAUUUGCAUAAAAGCGGUGGGAUUCAGGUACAUAAAGAUAAUGGA